AUGGCUACUCUUGGACUCUGCAUUAGGAAGUCUUGUUUCGACAUCUCUCAACCGCUCCUACGGAGAGGGAAUUCCACAUCUCAGACGGCGUCUAGACUUAUUCCUUUGCGUGAAUACUUUUAUACGAUAGAUUUUCAUGGUCAGCUCUUCUUGCAUGAUACUGUACCGAAGAACAUUGCAACAUCGUUCAAGGAUAAACGAUUUCUAGAUUUCUUCUUCUCCCGACUCCAAAUCAAUGACGUGAACAAGGAGUACUUCCGACAAGGAUUCGCUUACGCUUCACCGUGUGGUCGAGAGAUGAACUAUAUUCAAUGUGACGAUGUGCCCGUCGUCUUCACCGACUUUGAUGGUACAUGCCUCAUAUGGGGUGGAACUCUGAAAUGGCCAUUUGAUCCCUCGUCGUUGGCCAUGAGCAAAAGUGGACGUGUGUAUCAUAACUCGCCUCUUGAAAUUCCAGCUCCAUGGCAAACAACGUCUGCCCCACAAGCGUAUUAUGGACUAGUGAAAUCUACGCUGGUCGAGCGAUUCUCUGACGCCAUUGAUACAGAGGAGCACACGUUAACCUGGAAGGGAAGGAAACAUGCCAUGAAACGCGUCGAGUGA